AUGGAUCUCUGGAACUCCACCUUGGGGAAUGGCUUUAUUUUGUUGGGAAUUCUGAAUGGCAGUGGGUCUCCUGAACUACUCUGUGUCACAAUCACUGUUCUGUACAUAUUGGCCCUGACCAGCAAUGGACUGCUGCUCCUGGUCCUCACAAUGGAUAUUCAGCUCCAUGUGCCCAUGUACCUCCUGCUCAGGCAGCUCUCUCUUAUUGACCUCCUCUUCACAUCAGUUGUUACUCCCAAGGCUGUCAUGGAUUUUGUGUUCAGAGAUAACACCAUUUCCUUUGGAGGUUGUGCCCUUCAGAUGUUCCUGGCACUGACGAUGGGUGGUACAGAGGACCUCCUUCUGGCUUUCAUGGCCUAUGACAGGUAUGUGGCCAUUUGUCAUCCUCUUAACUACAUGAUCUACAUGAGGCCAAGGGUCUGCUGGCUCAUGGUGACCACAUCAUGGAUCCUGGCAUCCCUGAGUGCCUUUGGACAUACCAUGUAUACAAUGCACUUCCCUUUCUGCUUCUCCUGGGAAAUCAGGCACUUGCUCUGUGAGAUCCCCCCUCUGUUGAAGUUGGCCUGUGAAGACACCUCUAGAUAUGAACUCUUUGUUUAUGUGACAGGUGUGACUUUCCUCCUGCUCCCUCUUUCUGCCAUUGUUACCUCCUACACACUAAUUCUCUUCACUGUCCUCCAUAUGCCCUCAAAUGAGGGGAAGAAGAAAGCCCUUAUUACUUGCUCUUCCCAUAUGGUUGUGGUUGGGAUGUUUUAUGGGGCCGCUACAUCCAUGUAUGUCCUGCCUAGCUCCUUCCACAAUCCCAAACAGGACAACAUCAUCUCUGUUUUCUACACAAUUGUUACCCCAGCCCUGAAUCCCCUCAUUUAUAGCCUGAGGAAUAAGGAGGUCACUGUGGCCUUGAGGAGGGUCCUAGGGAAAUACAUAUGGCCAGUACACCCAUCCACUUAG